GGAAAUGGUAAUUGUUGGCAUAUCAUUCGCCUGUCAGUGAUAAGUAAUAAUCUGUAACUUAUCGACAGAUAUCCCUGGAUUCCAAAGCCAUCCAACUGUGAAAUUUUGUAGAAGAAUUAAACCAUUGGAUCAUCAUGGCACAAGUUCCAAACAAAAUAGUGCUCAAGAGCUCAACAAAAAUGUCUCUCAACGAACGCUUCACGCACAUCCAGAAACAGCCCAAGUCACCGCCCACUCAAAAUGCCCGCGCCAAGAUGGCUGCUCAGCAACAAGCCAGCGUACAGAAUCGUCGUCUUGCCCAACAGAUGGCUAACAGGCCAUCAGUCCAAGCCGCUCUGAAAAUUAAACAGAAGAGUUUGAAACAGCGACUUGGGAAGAGCAACAUUAAGGCCAGACUGAAUCUACCAAACGUUCCCAGAGGACGUGGGCGUGGAGUUGUCAUAACAACAGGACGUGGCAGAGGCAGAGGCAGAGGACGUGGAGGAAGUCAGGCCAACCUGACGCAGGUUGGAACUACAAUGAACCGUGGAGGGACAGGGUUGCGAAGAGGAUUUAGAGGCCGAGGACGAGGUGGCCUGCAGAGAGGCCGGGGCACUCUGACCCGAGGGGGAUUUCGUGGCAGAGGAGGAUUUCAGAACAGAGGUCGUGGUCAAGGAGACCAAGGGUUCAGCCGUCCAUGGCGUUCUCGAGGAAGGCGAGGUGGACGAGGCCGUGGAGAUUGGAGCGGGUCCGGCAGUCCAUCUCCGUUUAGAGGCACAGCCAGAGGGCGUGGCCGUUUCAUGAGGGGGCGUGGUCGUGGGGGAAGGGGGCGUGGCCGAGGAGCUGGAGCCAAUCAGCAGCCAGACCGAGAAACUCUUGACAACCAGUUAGAAGCAUACAUGUCCAAAACGAAGUCACAUUUAGAUGCUGAGCUGGAUGCCUACAUGACGCAGGCUGAACAGAGCUGAAACUUGGCUAUGUAAGGCUGAGUUGUGACUGAACUGUUGUGCUUUUUAAGCACAGAAAGACUCGAUAUUGUGUAUAGAACUGCCUUUAUAAAUGUUUUUAUUGUUAGAAUGACUGUCAUGUCUAAUCUAUAUUUUUAACCUGGUACAGAUGUGCACCUCUAAACAUUUCCUGUGUCUGGACUGAACACAGUAGCACAGCACAACAGAGGCUUGGACAUACGUAUUAGAAUCUGUGUGUGUACACGUGGACAGACUUAAGAUUAUCUUGAAGGUGACAACUCUCACAAAGUACAGGAAACUGUAGAAACAUGCCAUUUGAUGUAAAGUGGCCAGAAGUCUGGGGUGUUAUGAAUUGUGUCUUGGUCAGGUGAUUAGAAGUCCUAGAGGCAACUCUUCAUAUUUUUACUUCAUGUGACACUAAUCAGAAUUUUAGUAGUGGGGAUGAGUAGAAAGACACUGCUAUUCACUUCAAACAUUUAAUGCCCUUUUCUUUGCGUAGAUGUUUCAUCGUUUGGAAUUUGUUAAUGUGAUGCAGUCAUUUUUAUUUUUUUUUAUUGGUUGCCAAUUAUUAUCUUUGUUGCGAAAACCUUUCCUCGUUUAUUCGAGUUACCAGUUGUUUGGCUCAGUAGCAAAUUUUGUUUCUUGCUAAAUAAAUAGCUUUGAUGGAAAAUUUUUUUUCAUGAAAUGAAACACUGACAAACUAAUAGCUGAAUAAGUGAAAUACAGAAUUUCAUUGGCAGUGAAUAGCACUGAAAAGAUAUGCACUACGAUGUUUGCUGAAACACUUCUGAGGUGACAAAAGGCCACCAUCUUGUCGAAUUUGACUGCUGCUACCAUAUUGUCACAUAAUAACCUAUUGCCAUAUCAGAAUAUCUGUUGAUUUCAACCAAACUAUUUGCCGUAUCUCAUGCGAGGAGUAUUGAAACAUCAACUGCGACAUUGGCUAUGGUAUAAUGUCCAAGAAUUGUACUGUUUUCACGAUCUGUGGCCAUGGGUUGAUCUAGCUGAAUAGUUCUGGGUAAUCUUUUGGUAUGCACAACUCUCAGUUGCAAAUAACACAUGUUCAUCACGUUAAUUAUGUUAGCAUUUGAAAUCCCACUUCUCAUCUCCAAACCUUGUGCCAGGCUCACUAGGCCUAUGGAUCAGACAAUGGUAACGUCACAUUGAUUUUGAGUGUCCACACAACAGAUGUUGUAAUCAAUGUUUUAAGGAUGUUCAUGGUGAAAACGUGUAGGCAUGAAUUGCUUUUCAAAGUAAGAUGUUUGACAUAAUCUGGCUAUUCCGUUAGAACAGUGUUGCAUGCUCAGAGUAAGCUGUUCCUGUCCAGUCUGGAAAGUUUACUUAAUAUUUCAGGAUGAUUAAAUGCUCAUUGGUGAAUAAAUAUUAGAGUUUGUCCACGUCAGGAAAAAGGGGUAUGGGUUACCAUUUCCGUACAAGUGAACUUUUGUUUUUGACUUUUUGUUUUUUAAAAGUUGUUAAAAGACUUAGUUAUUUUUAAAAGAUUUUUAAACGGCUGUUGUCUAGAGAACCGGUUGUAUAGCACAUGGCAGUUUUUGGUAAACUGUUUAUUAUCUCUUAUGCUGUUAUGAUUAUAACACAACUGGAAGCUCGGUAUAUCUUGUGACAGUAAAAGCAUGAAAUAGCGGUUGUAAGGACAAAGUGUAUUCUUAACCUAUCCGAUUAAUGUUCGGAGUAAUAUUGACCACUCUGACUUCUCUAUUUGGAAAGUAUUCAUGCACAGUGUAACCCACCCGAUUCUUAAUGCUUGGACAAAAUGAGUGCGGUGAUCAGUGCGUCAUAAAGAGCGUCAUAAAAUAACCUGUAAGCUGAAAGAUAAAUCUUACUUUUGGUUUGUUUUGAUGUGUAUGUUUCCUUCUUAUUGACUGGAUGUAAAUGAACGUACUCUGCUGCUCCUGUCCGUUAUCCUGGAAACUGGUAAAGUUGCCAGUUUUGAGAGAUUGUAAGGUAUGCUUUAGCAAUAAAACGUAUGUAUUAUUUUA